AUGAGCGAGACAGAAGAGUCCACGACGCUCGAUAUCCCCGUGGAAGAUCUUGCGAGAUGGGCAAGAACACAACGGAUUGUCGACGGAAACUGGGGAGACGACAAGAUAUUCACCUUGCAAAAGCCAAGGAUGGGCAAGAUCCUGUCCAGAAAGAUGAAGGCUGGUCUGGAGGGUCAGGUCCAUGGGUGGGAGGUCAUGAGAGUCAUGAGACAGGACACCUUCCUCACCAUCACGGACUUCCAUGCCACACUGAUUGCGCUGAACGUGCAGGCAGGCUGCACUGUCGGCGGACAGCCCGUCGUUCAAGGCCAGUGGAUCGAGGUCGAAGCGGGCCAGAGUGUCAUGCUGCAGCCACAGGGGGAUUUUCUGUGCGUUGUCGUCUGA